AAUUCAGGGAAGAUACAAUUUCAGCGGGCAUGAAAUAAUCAAAUAUUUUUCUGAAUAGUCAAAGUAAAAAACAAAAUAAAGGGGAAGAAGUCGUUGCUGUAGCCGGCAGUGUAUAUCUAUCUAUCUAUUCUUGGUCUAGGAGCUCCGGUGAUUUACCUUCCUUGCAUAAUCCGCUCGACGAAAAAAAUGCAGGAAGGAAAGCACAGAAUCCUUAUGUUAUUACAAACAGCUUGGGUGUUGUUGGUGGUCUUUGUUUUGAAGGGAUGUGCACAAAACUUACCCCCUGCAAAAUACGAUGGGUUUGUGUACGGCCAUCCCCGAGUUGACUCGGAUUCGAUCCUGAUUGAAGCGUUCUUCGACCCGGUGUGCCCAGACAGUAGGGACGCCUGGCCACCCCUCAAACAAGCCUUCCAGCACUACGCUCCUCGCAUUUCGGUGGUGGUUCACCUGUUACCGUUACCAUACCAUGACAAUGCUUUUGUUAGUUCUCGUGCACUACACAUCGUAAAUCAGCUGAACGCUUCUGCUACAUUCCCAUUGUUGGAGUGGUUCUUCAAGAAUCAGGAGAAGUAUUAUAAUGCUCAAACUCGCAACCUUUCCAGAGUUGCAGUUGCAAAUGACAUUGUCAACUCUGUCACGGAAGUAGUUGGGAACUCCUAUCAUAGUGACAUUGAAUCCGGCCUCAAUGACCGGAAAACGGAUCUCAAAACAAGGGUUUCCUUCAAGUAUAGCGCUUCAAGAGGGGUGUAUGCAACGCCUACUUUCUUUCUUAAUGGAUUUGUAUUGCCUGAUGCUGCCUCCCCUACAGAUUUUAACGGAUGGAAAAAAAUCUUUGACCCAUUAGUUGGUAAUGAGGCGUCAAAGAACCAGGAAAAUCUGCACUUCUUCUUGUGAAGGAUGAGCUAAUAAUUGCUUCAGGUGCUUUGGUUGGUUGAAGAAUAAACUCAACAGUGCUGGUUCCAAUUAAUGUAUAAAUGUAAGUCAUGGAAAUAAAUGAUCUGUAACAUUGCUGAAAAUUGGAUCUAGUCUGCUUAACACAUUUGUACCUCUUAAAAUGUAGUUUUGCAAUUAGCCUUGUUUGAAUUAUGAUCAAGCGCACAAGAUUGUUGGGAA